AUAGUGCUUUCAUCAUCGCAGAUUUUGACUCGAUGUAUUGUUUCUCUUUAAUUUGCUUCAAUGUCGUCUUUAUACACUCUAUGAACAAAACUGACCUGUACGUUUGUGAUAGUUUUAUAAACAUUUUGCACGCGAGUAGUAAUAAAUUAUUAAAUUAUAUUUACAUUAUAUUUAUGAAAGAAUUUUUAAGAGUUAUUGAAAACGGAAUCGAUACCACACGUCGUGAGAGGUUGUUCAAGCCAAAUAUAGAUAUGGCAUUAAUUAGAAGAGCAACUCAUGCUGGUAGUUGGUACUCAGAUUCUGGUUCAGAAUUGAAUAAGCAACUAGAAGGUUGGCUGGGUGCAGCAGACCUAUCUCAUGGACCUGCUAGGGCAAUCAUUGCCCCACACGCAGGCUAUAGCUAUUGUGGAGGAUGUGCUGGUUUUGCAUAUCGUCAAAUUAGUCCAGUAGUUGUUCGCAAGAUAUUUAUUCUAGGCCCAUCUCAUUAUGUGAGAUUGCCAGGAUGUGCCCUCUCUUCUGCUUCCAUUUAUCGAACACCAUUAUAUGAUUUACAUAUUGAUCAACAAGUACGGAGAGAACUUGAAGAGACAGGACAGUUUGAAUGGAUGGAUUUGAAUACGGAUGAAGAGGAACACAGUAUCGAAAUGCAGUUACCAUUUCUAGCUAAAGUUAUGGAAGGAUUUAAAGAUUCGUUUACUAUAAUUCCCAUUUUAGUGGGAUCUUUAACUCCAGAAAGAGAAGCUCUUUAUGGAAGAUUACUAGCACCUUACUUGGCUGAUCCUCAAACAUUAUUUGUUGUUUCCUCAGAUUUUUGUCAUUGGGGACAAAGAUUUCGAUAUACAUACUAUGAUAGAUCAUGUGGCCCAAUUCACAGAUCUAUCCAAAAUCUUGACAAGAUGGGUAUGGAUAUAAUAGAAACAUUAAAUCCUACGAUGUUUACGGAUUAUCUUAAAAAAUAUGGCAAUACCAUAUGUGGCCGUCAUCCAAUUGGUGUUUUGUUACAGGCAAUACACAGUUUAAAAGGAAAUACUAAUGGUCAAAAAAUGAAUUUAAAAUUUUUAAAAUAUGCUCAAAGUAGUCAAUGCAAUAACAUGAAUGAUAGCUCAGUUAGUUAUGCAAGUGCUUCCUUAGUUCUUGAGUGAUGUUAUACAUUAUUUCUUUAUGAUCAAUAACAUCCGAGAGUGAAGACAUUUGAUGAAUGUGGUAACUAAAUUUAAUAAGGAUAUCAGUCAUAUUGUAAAAAGUCCAACUAUAUGAACCAUAGGUUAAGAUAAAAAAAAAAAAAAAAAAAAAAAGAAAAAUGAACAAAAAAAAAAAAGAAGAAAAAAAAUAUUAUGGCUGGUACUAUUAA